CUUAGAAGCGACCCGAACCGGAGCUUCACAGUUAUAAAAGCUCAGCUUUACCAGCUUCAAAGUUCAAACAACGUGAACUUGCAGAGCGAAGAGAAAAUGGAGGGAAAGCGUUCGAACACGCAACCACUAACACUACUACGAAAAAUCAAAGGAUUUACUGGAUCCAUUGUCGAGGAUCUCGCUCGAGGUAGAGCGCCGACAAUCUACAUCGAUCGGUUCAAAAAUUACUGUACUGACACUUCUGGAAAUUGCUCUUGCAGCUCCGAUGGAUCGACCGGCAGAGAAGCUAUAUCAUUGAAGAGGGAAUGCCAUGCACGUAGGAUUGAUGUCUUGUUGAGAGUCCUUCUGAUAAUUCAGCAACUUCUGCAAGAAAGCAGGCAUGGAUCAAAGAGAGACAUAUAUUACAUGCACCCUACUGUUUUUAAAGAACCAUCUGUUGUUGAUCGGGCAAUUAAUGACAUUUGCAUCCUCUUGCAGUGCAGUCGGCAUAACCUUAAUGUGGUAUCUGUUGGAAACGGAUUGGUGAUGGGCUGGCUGCGGUAUGUGGAAUCUGGGAGGAAAAUUGACUGCAUUAGCAAUCCUAACACUGCAUACCCGAUUCCAGUCCAUGUGGAAGAGGUUGAUGAUAUUAUUAGUGUUGCUCAAUACGUUUUAGUUGUGGAAAAGGAAUCAGUAUUCCAUCGACUAGCAAAUGAUCAGUUUGGCAAGAGGAACCGUUGCAUUGUGAUAACAGGAAGGGGUUAUCCUGAUGUUCCUACAAGGAGGUUUCUGCGUCUCCUUGUUGACAAGCUGCAUUUGCCUGUGUAUUGCCUGGUAGAUUGUGAUCCAUAUGGGUUUGACAUCUUAACUACAUACAAAUUCGGUUCUUUGCAAAUGGCUUAUGAUGCAAAGUUUUUACGAGUCUGUGAGAUACAAUGGCUUGGAGUAUUUAUCCAGGACUGCGACAAUUAUAGCAUUCCACAGCAAUGUCUCCUGCCUUUGACUGCAGAAGAUAAGAGGAAAGUUGAAGCGAUGUUACUUAGGUGUUAUUUGCAAAGAGAAGUACCAAAAUGGAGGUUUGAACUGGAGCUGCUGUUGCACAAAGGAGUUAAGUUUGAGAUUGAAGCAUUGUCUGUGCAUUCACUCACUUUCUUGUCCCACGAGUAUCUACCGUCAAAGAUCCAAAGUGGAGGGUAUAUCUGAAUCUUUUCUAUUUUUGUUCGGUUCUUUGGCAUGAAAAGUUCAGAGUAAUUUUCAUGUGCUUGAGUAAAUCACUUGAAAGAACAAAGCUUUACGGUUGCCAAAUUUCAUCAUGUCCGUUCGUUUUGACAACUAAGUUUUUUCAUGAUGUGGUUCUGGAUAUAGAGCUACGAAUGUGCAUUGAUGUUAAGCAGUUGGAUAGAGAAUGAAAUUUGUCACUGUUUGUCAUCCACAAAAACUUUGGCAUUAUUUGGAGAACCCAAGCCUUAGUGUAUAAAUUUUAAAUGAAGUUAAAAAUAGUCGCUUUAGCUUGUUAUGACAGUA